AUGCCAAAAACCAACAAGUGUUGUUUUAAUCGCAAAGCUAUUCAAAGACGCCAUCUAAGCUGCUUUGGCAUAUUGUCUAAGGGAUUGACGGGGGCUGCUGGUUCUUAUGGCUUGAAGCCGCUAAAAUUUCAGGCCACCUCACCUCCUCUAAAGCUGUUUUUCCCUCUACCUCUUUGUCCUUGGCCUCUAUUGUUUCCACCCCUAGAGUUCGGGUGUUUAGACGAGUUAUUCUUCCCGGGGGAGAGUGCGUCAAGGGUUGUCAUCAAUAAGUCUUCUUUUGGGGUGACAUUCGAAGGUCCCAACCAGCCAGGGGUAUUCAGCAAGGGGCAGAGACUGGUUGGACGGUUGAGGGACUUGCACCCGAGGCACAUGAAUUGCUUUUCUUGUAUCCCCCUAAAAGACAAAAAAAAGUCAGAUGUGAGAUGGGAAUCACAUAAUGACCUAGUUGAUAUGAGAAGCAAAUUUAAGGUUAAGGAUGCUCUGACUAAUCAGAUGCUUCGUAAAAUUUUACCUACAGGGACUUCACACACACUCCUGCAGAAUGUGCCAUGGAAUUUGCUAGAACAUUCCAAUGACUCAUAA